AUGGCGCUUGCCUCAAAUAUUCUAGCUGCUCUGUUGACCGUUGCUUGCCUGGACAAAGGAGGCAAUGCCGUCAUAACGCGCACAACAUGUUGCACCAGCCGCUUCCGCCGCUGCCGAGGCCAUCAAAGAGCAGCGCAUAAGUGGCCGCGAGGGCAAGUUGGUUCGGGGAGGAUGGUUUGUCUAGGUUCAGCUCGCAGCGCUCAGGCGAGCCAGGCGUCUGUAAAGGCAGACUUGGUAGAUACGGCGAGCGACGAGGGCCCGAUAUUCAGUAGGGGUAGCUUGGCAUGUAGAAGAAGUCGCCAUGCCUGGAGGAAGCAAGCCAGGCUUUAUAUCUCAAGAGUUAAAUCGUCUCGAGGUGGCAGUUGCAUCUGGCUGCGACACAUCAUCAUGGCCAUCGGAGGAGGCACGCACACAACUUUCUGUCCACAACUGAGCAAACGGCGCUGCGUUGCACGUGCGUUUCACGGUUCACGUUAG